CGCCCUGUGUGACCUCACUAGACAACAUCCACUAAAGAUAAGCUGAGGAGGUGACAUUGGGAAGUACGACGAUCUCGAAUUGAAAUAAAAGCAACCCGUCAACUGGAUGAAGUUCCCUCAAUAAACGGAAAUGGACUGAAGCUCUCAUAUUUCCCUUUAACUGGGAAUUGUUACGAAUAAAUCCACUUUCGCUAUAAAUGAUUGUGACGCUGGUCCAGAGAAGAAAGAAUGUGGCCGAAGUGUACCAGUGUUGCUGGUCAGACAGUCAUUUUGACAGUCAACUAUACACUGUAUGCCAAUACUGACGGGGCUCCAAUCAAGCCUAUUCCUUACUUGGAAAUUUUCUUGAAAAUUUUCUUCUACCUGCUAGUUUUCUUGUUGGACCUUAUAGGAAAUUCAGUCGUUAUAUUUACUAUUUAUGCAAACAAGCGGAUGAGGACAUCGUCCAACAUUCUCAUCGUAAACUUGGCUGUAUCCGAUAUUCUGGUUGGCUGUUUCUGUAUGUGGGUACACCUUGGGAACCAAGUCAGUCACAACUGGCCUUUUGGAUCGUUCCUCUGUAAAUUUGAAACCUUUGUACAGGUUGUCGCCGUUGUUUCUAGCGUGGUGACGCUAACUUCCUUAUCCAUCGAGAGAUUCCUUGCGGUAAUGUUUCCAAUGAAAGGUAAACUAUCCAAUAAAAUGUUGACAUUUUUAGUAGUAUUCUCUUGGAUAGCCGCCAUUGGAACAAGUGCACCAAAUUUGAAGGUACGGCAAAAACUGGAGGUUCAGUGGCGGAAUCGCCGAGAUGUUUGGUGUGACGAGAUUUGGCCGAGAUUUUACACAGACACAAAAUGUAAUUCUGACCAGCCUGGUCGCAGGAGUUAUUACGUUUUCCUAUCUGUGUUUAUGUAUUUUAUUCCCAUGAUUGUGAUGAUGGUAGCAUAUGGAUUGAUGGGAUUAAAGCUUUUUCUUAGACGAAUUCCGGGACAUGAAAUCCAUGCAACAAACGAAGCUCACUGUAAUGCUCGUAAAAAGGUACUUCGAAUGUUCUUUGUGGUAUUAACGGCCUUUGUCGUCUGCUGGACUCCUCAACAGGCGCUCAUACUAUACAUGGUGUACAGAGACACAACGCUAAUGGUCCCUUCUUUUCUGAAGGAUGUGAAAUAUAUGGCACUGUUUAUUGCGUACAGUAACAGUGCUAUUAAUCCUAUCAUCUACGCUGGAAUGAGUGAAAAGUUUAGGAAAGGCUUCCAGGACGCUACAAAGACUAUUCACAGAUGGUAUGGAAGAAACAGAAUUCUACCAGCUAACAAUAGCGAUAGAAGCAGACGUCACUCUACCCUUAACGUUUCCAUGGAGGAAAUAUUCCACUCAAGCAAGGAGAAAGAUGGCAUCUCUUCCAGCAAUACUAUACCAGAAUAGAUAUAUUCAGUUAAAUUCACGGUAGAAUGUUUUGACAAGCAAUAAUAUACAAUUCUUUUCAUGAAAUAAA